CGUGCCACAAAUCGGCUAAUCAAAGCAUUACCAUUAAGAAAUAAUAUAUAGUUUAUGGUUAUGUAAAUUUAUAUCAUUAUGUAAUUCAUGUAUCUAAGCCAUAAUUAUCGCAACCAUAGCGAUCAUUUGGGAAUUUCACGUUAAAAGUUCUAGCAAUUGCUGUUUAAUUGCCCGAUCAGUAGUCUAUAUUUGAAUAUACAACUAAACUUUAACCUUAGUGCAGUGUCAAUGGCCCAAAAUAUGAAAUUAGAUAUGACAUUGGCCCCAAACAGCAUUCGAUUGCAACAAUGAACCUUUGCUAGGUUUUCUGGUCAUGCGUGGCUGGCACAAUUAAGUGGAUGGAUUGCUCUUUGCGUUCCAUUAGAGUAUGCCAAGCUGCGUGGGACAUAUAAAAUGGACAGUCUGUCUCCAAUCCAAUCAUUCGGUUAACCACAGCAAUGUCCCCAAGUCAGAUGUUGUUAAUUUCUGUAGUGCUCGGUGUGGCGUUGAGCACUCAAAGCGUGCUAGGUCAGACAAUCGACUGUCAAAGACCACCCCAACUUGUGGAUCCAGCAUUGUGCUGCAGGGACGGUGGUCAGGACCAGGUUGCAGAGAAAUGCGCCCAGAGGAUUAUAGGAGGAGGAAAUGGACAGGCUAGGAAAGGCCUGCCAUCGCUGGAAACUGCCACAUGUCUGGCUGAGUGCAUCCUCACAACGUCACAGUACAUUCAGGAUCCACAGAAGCUUAACUUGGACAACAUCCGCAGUGAUCUCUCCAGAAAGUUUUCCAAUGACACCAUUUAUGUGGAUGCGAUGACAACAGCGUUUACCAAAUGUGAGCCCCAAUCACAACGUCGGCUGGCAGCCAUCCAGCAAUCCCAGCAACAGCACAAAUGCAGUCCCUUUUCGGCGAUUCUUCUCGGUUGCACAUACAUGGAGUACUUUAAGAAUUGCCCCGAACAUCGGUGGACGCAGAAUGCGGAUUGCGCCUUAGCUAAGACUUAUGUUACUCAAUGUGGACUGGGGGCUUAGAUUCUUGAUGUUACAAAAUUUAUAUAAAGAGUUCAUAUAAUUUAAACUAGAAACAGUUCUGGGCCUGUCCACCUAACAACACUGUUCUUGCAGCCCUGAUUUGUAAUCGUUCUAGAGCAUGCAUUCUCAUAGAAGCUUAUUUUCUACGGUAUAUAGAAAUCCAAUAA